UUUUAUUUUUUUCUUUCAAAAAUUAUAGGCCAAAUUACCAAGAAAAGGAUAAUAAUCUCAAACCGGUGUCGUUUAAUUGUUUAGGAGCCUAUUUUCAAUUGCGCUGUAUCCUUCACUCCCAUUCCCAUGCUCUCUCUUCUUCCUUUGCUGCCUGGCGCUCAAACCGCCAUAUUUAUUCUUUCAAUUUAUCUGCAAGGUACACUAUUUUCUCUCUCCUAACUCCUUUCAUUUUUCUUCCAAUUAUCUGGGAAAUUUUUAGUUGUUAUGUUAAGAAGACCAAAGAUUAGAGCUUAUGUGACCCAAAAGCUCCAAUCUUUGUCUAAAAAUCCCAGUUUUUCAUUUUGUUCAUCUGGGUCUCCUUCAAAUUCUUCUUCUUUUGAUGAUGAUGAUAAUAUUAGUUGUAAUAAAUUAAUUGUUAAGAACUUUAAUCAAAAUGGGCAUUCUAAUUCUGAGACUACUGAUUGGGAGAAAUUACUUAAACCCUAUGGCAUUGAAGAUCUUCAGAAAUCACUCAAUUUUCUUACACCAAUUAGACUGUGUAAAUUGAUUGAGCUUCCUAUUGAUGUGCCCACUUCGAUCGAGCUCUUCGAAUGGGCCGGUACCCAGAAAGGGUAUUCCCAUUCAUUUGAUGUGUUUUAUGCUUUGAUUAGUAAACUUGGUGCUGUUUCUGAGUUUAAGGAGAUAGAUAGGUUAUUGUUGCAAAUGAAAGAUGAGGGGAUUGUUUUUAGAGAGUCCCUUUUUAUGUUGAUUAUGAGGUGUUAUGGAAAGGCUGGAUUGCCUGGACAAGCCACUAGGUUGUUGUUGGAUAUGAGGAAUGAUUAUGGUUUCGAGCCGACCUUUAAGUCUUAUAAUGUUGUCUUGGAAAUUUUGGUUGCUGGGAAUUGUCACGAGGUUGCUCCCAAUGUGUUUUAUGAUAUGUUGAAUAGGGGUCUUUCCCCAACUGCGUUUACCUUUGGUGUCGUGAUGAAAGCUUUCUGUAAGGCUAAUAAGGUGGACACUGCAUGGUCGCUUCUUAGGGACAUGACCAAGUAUGGGUGUGUCCCCAAUUCGGUCAUCUAUCAGACGCUUAUUCAUGCUUUGUCCAAGGUUAAUCGCAUAAAUGAUGCAUUGACCCUUUUGGAAGAGAUGAUUUUGAUGGGAUGUAUCCCUGAUGUUGAAACAUUUAAUGAUGUCAUUCAUGGUCUCUGUAAGGUUAGUCGUAUUCAUGAGGCAGCUAAGUUGGUUGAUCGGAUGCUUGCUCGAGGUUUCACCCCAAAUGCAGUGACUUAUGGGUUUUUGAUGAAUGGACUGUGCAGAGCUGGACAAGUCAGUGAAGCAAGGGCUCUAUUAGGUAAAGUUCCUGAGCCUAAUACCGUGCUGUUUAAUACCUUGAUAAACGGGUAUGUAGUUAUUGGAAAACUUGAUGAAGCCAAAGCUAUUGUCCAAGAGAACAUGGCGGGUUCUAGAUGUGCACCAGAUAUAUACACAUAUAACAUACUUAUCCGAGGCUUUUGCAAAGAGGGUUUUCUAGGGUCAGCUUCUGAACUUGUGGAAGAGAUGGAACGUAAAGGAUAUGAGCUAAAUGUCACUACGUACACUACAUUAAUUGAUGGUUUCUGUAAGAAAGGUAAACUCAAGGAAGCUAGUUUAGUCCGGGAUCAGAUGUCUGCCAAGGGGCUCAGCCUGAAUACUGCAGGGUACAACAGCAUUAUAAGUGCCUACUGCAGAGAGGAGAACGUACAUGAGGCUUUCAGAACAUAUGCCAAAAUGUCAGUAAAUGGAUGUAAACCUGACAUAUAUACAUUUAAUUCUCUAAUAUAUGGGCUAUGCAAGGUUGAUGAAAUGGAAGAGGCUUUGAAGUUAUACCAAGAUAUGAUACUGGAAGGAGUGAUUGCCAAUUCCAUUACUUUCAACACAUUAAUCCAUGCUUAUUUGAGAAAAGGAUCUACAGAAAACGCACUUAAGCUUGUACAUGAUAUGUUAUUUAGAGGGUUGCCUCUUGACGUAAUCACUUACAAUGGCUUAAUAAAGGCUCUGUGUCAGGGUGGGGCUGUGGAAAAAGCUUUAGAGUUAUUUGAGGAUAUGAUUCGAAAAGGAGUCAAGCUUAGCAUUAUUACAUGUAAUAUACUAAUCAAUGGCCUUUGUCGGACAGGAAAGGUACAAAAUGCACUGGACUUUUUAAGAGAGGUGAUUUAUAGAGGCUUGACACCAGAUAUAGUAACUUAUAAUAGCUUGAUCAAUGGUUUGUGCAGAACAGAACACAUCCAAGAGGCUGUUAACCUCUAUGAGCGGUUACAAGCUGAAGGAAUUGCCCCUGAUCCUAUCACUUACAACACUUUGAUUAACUGGCAUUGUAAACUUGGCAUGUCAAAUGAUGCCUUGAUGCUUCUAUAUAGAGGCCUGGAGAAUGGUUUUGUCCCCAAUUCUAUCACAUGGUAUAUCUUAAUAAAAAAUUUCGCUCGCAUGGAAUGGAGGGAUGUGAUUCUGGCUGUCUCUUGAUCUAGGCUACAAGGAAGUUUCAUAUCUGUGCAAGUUUCUCCCAUAUGCUUGAGGAUAUUGCAAGGGAGCUAUGACUUUCGUUCUUUUAAUUGGCCGGGAUCUUUGCUUGGUAAUUUAUCACCUUUCAUCUGAUCAAUAGGGAAGAAGCAGCAAUCGUACAAAAUGUACAAAAGGCGUUUGAAACAUGUUUUAAUAGUUUGGCAGUGUAGAUUCGAUGUUUAAUUUUUUCACGGUGGUAAUGCUGGUGCAAUGUGCCCCUGGUCUACAAAGUUGCAUUUGGACCAUGAUAGAGAGGGUACUAUGAAAUUGCUGCUGAUUAUUUCUGUGGGAUUCCUAUUUUCAAUUGAGUUUUUAUAUUUUAAUUCAACUCGUGGUCACGUACAUGGAUUUGUGAAAGGACGCAAAUUGAACAAGAUGUAUCAAAUUUGGAAGCUGAUCUUAUGAGGUUUUUGACUGGAGACAAGGGAGUACAUUGGAGAAGGUUUGGUUCUUGAUGUCAUCAAACUAUCAAAGAGAUAUUCAUGAAGAAGGUCAUCAGGGGGAAAAAUAAUCAGUACGCUUAUGAACAGGCACUCAACAAACUACGCCAUUGUUGUGAAGUGUCUCUGACUCUCUGUGUUUAUUGUGAGUAGUAUUAAAUUAACCGAGAUUUAAGUAUGCUUGGUAUCUAGGAUUUGCUGUGCUGUCAGUUUAAAGCUUUCUCCCUUGUAAAGCUGAAUUCAUGGCUUUUAGAGAAGGGUUCAACCGUUCAAGAUUAUCAGAGAAAAUGGAGGGAUGCUGCUUUCUUGAAGAUAAAUCCGGGUGUGAAUGUUACUUGGGCCUGAGGGUUAAUGCAAGAGUUUAUGCAGCUGGAACCAGAAAAUUGCUUUAAUGAACUGAUUCUGCGGUUAAUUGAAUUGUGCUAUUUAAUUGUUAUCCGCAAAUGCAAAGAAGAUGAUCAAAGAGGAUUGGGUAAAUGGAUUCUUCGACAUACAUUCACCCAUAGAGCAUAAAGGCUCUUUCAAGCAGUGGAAUAUGCAACAACUGAAAUCAAACCUAUAUCUGAAAUGAUCAAGGAGUUGAAGUUUUUCAGACAACAAAGCCUAUACCUUUCUCGUGUAUUCUUUUGCGUAAUGUGUACUUCAAACAUUUUACUCCAGCAUUUUAUUAAUGCUUAGAGUUAUAAUUACAGCUGGCAAUCAUUUUGCUUUCGAUUUUCAUAUGGCCAAAAUAUGCAAGAUCUCUUGAGUGGUAGUGAACUUGCAGAAAUUUUGGUUGUUGAAUUAUGGUUACUUGUUACUGAUGACAAUAUAAGAAUAAGAAUUUACUUCAAUUGUGAGUUGUCGUGUCCAUCUCAUAAAGUGCUUAAUGGUGAAAGGUGGGCUUUCCUUUUCUUCUUCCAUUUGG